AUGGCUUCCCCAAGCAGCUCCCCGACCCCGGCGGAGGGACUCGAACUCGGCGGCGACCUCUCCCUCGACGACAGCAGUGGCACCUCGGAGAAACUCUCACCGUCCAACGUCAACCGCAUCCUGACUGAGUUUUCCAUGUACUUCAUCCGCGGCAUCGUGCUCUUCUACCCUGUGUACCUUACGGGAUACCUCGGCCUGAGCGUGAGCUGGCUGCUGCUGUGUAUGCUCAUGGUCACCUGGUGGAAGAAGAACCGACAGUGGAAGUAUUCCCGCAUCGGGACAGCCAUCGACUUUGUGGACAACGAGACGCAGGUGGUGAGCACGGAGCUCAAGAAGUCUCUGCAGAUGGCAUCGUGGAUCCAAUUCAACGAUGUGGAGAAAGUCGAGUGGGUUAAUAAGGUUUUGGAGCAGGCGUGGCCUUUCUUUGGGAUGUUCAUGGAGAAACUUCUUCGGGAAAGCAUCCAGACUGCCGUCAGACAGUCCAGCUCUGAGCUGAAGACGUUCACGUUCACCAAGAUCCACUUUGGACACAUACCUCUGAGGAUCGUUGGCAUAAAAGCGUACACCCAUGAGGUGGACCACAGGGAGGUGGUCCUGGACCUGACCGUCAAUUAUGAAGGCGACGUGGACAUCGAUGCAGAGCUGAAGUCGGCCAUCACAGCUGGUGUCAAAGGUCUAAAGCUGCGGGGGAUGAUCAGGGUGAUUCUGGAGCCUCUCAUUGGAGAAGUGCCACUAGUGGGAGGAGUCACCUUCUUUUUCAUUCGUCGCCCAACCCUUGAAAUCAACUGGACUGGCAUGACCAACAUUUUGGAUAGCCCCGCCUUCAGUUCUCUUUCGGAAGAGACCAUCAUGGACAUCAUAGCCUCUCUCAUGGUGUUGCCCAACCGCAUGUGCUUUCCACUCAUUGACCAAGUCAAAGUGGACCAAAUGAGGUUUCCCCUUCCCCGUGGAGUUGUAAGAGUCCACUUAUUGGAGGCACGAGACCUGGUGGCCAAGGACACGUACAUGCUGGGCUUGGUGAAGGGCAAGUCGGAUCCCUAUGCGACCCUCCGCGUUGGCGAUCGGAACGUCAAGACCAAGACCAUCAAAGAGAACCUACACCCCAGAUGGGAUGAAGUCUAUGAGUUUGUUGUUCACGAGGCACCUGGACAAGAGCUGGAAGUGGAGAUUUUUGAUGAAGACACAGACAAAGAUGACUUUAUUGGAAGGUAUCACCUGGAUCUGGGAGAAGUGAAGAAGGAGAAGGAAAUGGAUCAGUGGUUUCCUCUGGAGGGGAUCCAGAGUGGAGAAGUGCAUCUGAAGCUUCGCUGGCUUUCACUACAAUGUGACUCCACUUUGCUGAAGGAGUCUUCUGAGGGCUACGCCUGUGCCAUGCUUGCCGUGUAUCUGGACAACGCCUCCAACCUGCCUAAAGACCUCAGUGAGAUUGAGCACCAUCAAAAAAAGAAGCAUGGGAGAGAAGGUCGGCUCACGAGAAAGUCCGCAGGUCCGAGCUCCUUUGUGGAAAUGUCCAUCAGUGACAACGUUCAGAAAAGCAAGGUUGUGUUUUCAAAUAAAGACCCCGUGUGGGAAGAGGGCUUCACUUUCUUCGUGCAUGAUGUGAAAACACAGCAGCUCAUUGUUCAGGUGAAAGAAAACGAGAAGAAGUCCCAGAUUGGCAUUCUCCGCCUGCCCAUCAGUCGCUUCAUGAACGUUUCCAACAUGAUGCUAGAUCAGCGCUUCUUGCUCGAGCAGUCGGGAGCGAACAGCCAGAUCAAACUCAAGGCUACGCUGAGGAUUCUUACUAUUGAACAGCCACCACCCAAGCCCAUCAUCAGACCUCAAGGGGACCAACAAAUACCACCUAGCAACAUGAGUGCAUCCUCCUUAUCUGCACUUUCUUCACACACGAGUCCCGCUGGUCGAGUCUCGUCCGCACCCAACUCGGGCAACCCUCGGACAAUCCUUCCCGAGGACUACUCCACUCACCGGCGGGGUUCUUACCUGGCUUCAGAGGCCUUAAGGCCGGCUCCGGCUACGAUGAACAUGCGGCGGUAUGACUCCCACAGCCUCCUGUCAGAGAACGCGUUGGCAUCGUCACGCUUCGAUCUGGCAGAUGGAGCUUCGUAUCCAGAGGUCAUCCUUAAACAUCGUGGUUCAUUUGGUGAGAUCAACCUGACUGUGCGUUAUGCCACCUUGAGGAACAAACUUGUCAUUUUGGUCAACUCUUGCAGGGACAUCUUUCCCUGCAGCGAAAAUGGAACGGACUCUUAUGUGCGGAUGUAUUUGCUCCCGGACCAAACGUGGAGACACCGCAAGAGGACCCACGUCAAGAAGAGGACUGUCAAUCCCGUCUUUGAGGAGAAGUUUGAGUUCGACGUAUCCCUCCAAGAGGCCCUAACACGCACGUUGGACGUGGCGGUGAAAAACAACAGAAUGUUCCACAUGCGGGAAAAGAAGGACAUUGGCAUGGUGCUGAUCAGUCUUGCUGAGCUCGAUUUAGUCAAAGGUGUCACCAACUGGUACAAGCUCUCUUUACAAGGGCUGAAGCGUCACAGCACGGGGGCGCUAUAACGGCACAACUGCUACUUUCAGAGCAAGCUCCACAUCUAUGCUGCGAGGCCUCUGAAGCUCUUCCCGUCGCUUUAUUUGAAUUAAAGAGCGCGAGCUGGGUUGACGUUACAAUUACAACACACCGGAAUUACUGUCACAAAUCUGAGGAUUAUUUCUGCUUUUUUCUUUUUUUAUAAUAGGGUGUUGUUUCUAAGAUGUAGUUUUGCAAUCUGAUGUAAAUACUUUUUUUUUUUUUUUUAAAUCUGAGGUUCAUUUUGAUAAGGGGAGGUAAAAAUAAAAAAUAUCUAUAUUUAGGUUGGUGGACGCACUGACUUGAGAAGGUGGAGUGUUUUUGAAUGGGUCCACAUUUGUGUUUCUGGAAUAUUGUGAAUACAUUUGAAAGUUUGACAGUAAAAUUCCUUCAAACACAA